CAUUUCAAAGUUCAAACCCACCCUCCACUCUCCCAUCUUCUCCUUUAUAUCAUCCUUGUUCGGAGUUUGAUCUUCUCAACAUAAUCUAGCAUUGCUUCAGUUUUCUUACUCGAACAAUUUGUGGAAUCUUGGAUCUUGUUGCAUACUGUAAAUGGGAAAGGAUAUGGAUUUGGAGCAGAGGAGCCUCUUGGAUGACCUAACACGAGAGAAAGAUAUCUCUAAGCAGCUCCAGAACCAUCUCAAUCCUUCCUCAUCUACUGAAGCGCAGCUCUUAUCAAGAGAGGAAAUACUUCGUUCCCAUGUGAAGGAACUUCCCACCCGAGACUCUGGUGUUUUAUCCGAAACGGUCACCCAUAGCGCCGCUUCCGAUGAUAGAGAUGUCCCCAGAAAGAGAAAAACACCAACAGAGUGGACUGCUACAACUUAUGUUGAUGGAUACAGCUGGAAAAAAAAAGGGCAGAAUGCCAUUGCUGGUUACAAAUAUCCAAGGGAAUAUUUUAGGUGUUCCCACCGUUAUUCUAAGGGAUGUCUUGCCAUUAAGCAAGUUCAGAGAUUGGAUGAAGAUCCCACGCUCUUUAAGGUCACCCAUCGGGGAAGACAUACGUGUGAACAAUCCUCCCAUUUGGCUACCGCCGCAGCUGUGGAGCCCACCAAGGCUGCUUCCGGUGAUAAAGAUGUCUCCGGAAAGAUAGAGACAGCGUUAAUGUGGACUGCUGCUCGUCUUGAUGGAUACAGCUGGAGAAAAUAUGCGCAGAAAAAUAUUCUUGGUUCCAAAUAUCCAAGGGAAUAUUAUAGGUGCACCCACCGUCUUUCUCAGGGAUGUCCGGCCUCUAGGCUAGUUCAGAGAUCCAACGAUGACCCCUCAAUCUUUGAGGUCACCUAUCGGGGAAGACAUACGUGUGAACAAUCCUCCCAUCUAGCUACAGCCACAGCUGUGGAGCCCACCGAGGCUGCUUCCGAAGAUAAAGAAGUUUCCGGAAAGAUAGAGACAGCGUUAAUGUGGACUGUUGCUCGUCUUGAUGGAUACAGUUGGAGAAAAUAUGCGCAGAAAGAUAUUCUUGGUUCCAAAUAUCCAAGGGAAUAUUUUAGGUGCACCCACCGUCUUUCUCAGGGAUGUACGGCCACUAGGCUAGUUCAGAGAUCGAACGAUGACCCCUCAAUCUUUGAGGUCUCCUGUCGGGGAAGACACACGUGUGAACAAUUCUCAUCACAAUUGCCCCAGCCGAUAAAAGCAGAGUCUAAAAAGAAGCCAGAGAAAUCAGAGAUGGUUUCUUUUGAGCGGAUCUUGGUCGUGGCCAACUUCGUCUUAGAGCUUCCUUCAGCUGUAUUUGACCAGCUUUCCUAUGUCCCUAAACCUCUGUACGCGCUGAUACUCAUGCUGCUGUCCUUUGCAGCCCUCCUUCUAUUCCAGAUAGAAACAAUUCUCCAACUGCUUGACUCAGCUGAGAUUGGUCAGUUAGUGAGCCACCUAGCAAAUUGUGCAACCUAUGAUCUCCAAUGAAAUUUCCAAGUUGCAUGGUGACUUGGGUUGCGAAAUUGCUAAUAACAAGAGGAGAAGAAAACAAACUAUUCUCUCUCAUGCAGUGGAAGAUAAUAUAGUUCGCCAAAACCAAUCUGUCUGAAUCUUUUAUGCAAUGGAUGCUGUAUUAUUCACCUUUGAUUUCUUGGUAGGUGAUGAAAUUGAACAAUUUUCUUGAUCAACUGCAUUUUGCUCAGUUGUAUAGGUGGAACGUGCUAAUAAGUCACGGAAUAGGUA